CUGAGUCACCACUGACAUUCACGUCCGUGAUUAACAUGAUGUUGUGGAUGAUCAUGGCCGUUGUCCUUGCUUGUCAUGGGCAACUUGGAUGCGGAAACAAUGACGCUACUGAGAUACUACCGACCGGGACACCCUGUAUUGCAACUCAAACGUUUCUGGAUGAGUUGCGUAAGAUGCUGAGGACAGAACAGGAUGAGGAGGCUUCAGUUCAAGGUAAAGGUGGUGCUAUCUACACUCGAUGGGGUAGAACUGAGUGCUCACUUAACAACGAGCUUGUGUAUAAAGGAGUAGCUGGUGGUAAUUCUUACGAAACCAAAGCUGGACCUGCCAAUAUCCUGUGUCUACCAGAUAACCCUGAGUAUGGAAACCACACUCCCGGGCUUCAGGCUGGCAGCCUGAUCUAUGGUACGGAAUAUGAAACCGGUACAUAUAAUACCUUCAGUUUCAAACACCUCCAUGACCAUGACGUUCCCUGUGCCGUGUGUAGAAGUAGAACCAAGACAAGCGUCAUCAUGGUGCCUGCCAAGAUGUCCUGCUUCCCUGGAUGGCGUGUCGAGUACACGGGGUACCUGAUGGGUGGCCAUUACAGUCAUGCUGCUAGUGAGUAUCUCUGUGUUGAUGGAGAUGCAGAGAAGGAUCGCAGUGGCCAUGAAAACAAGAAUGGGCAUCUCUUGUAUCUCGUUGAAGGCAUCUGUGGCUCCCUGCCUUGUCCACCAUACAGGAAUGUAUGGGAGUUAACAUGCACUGUUUGCUCUAAGUAAAUAUUUGAUGAUUCACUCUUGAAUUAUUGAAUAAAGCCACCAAGCAUGUGUGCAAAAA